AUGCGCUGGAAUGUAACAGACAUUCUCUGCGAAACCCAGAGACCAUCUUUGUGGAACCGACUAGAGUACGUUAUUUUACACAUCUCGACUUGUCCAGACGCCUACCUGCAGGUCGAAAUUGCGGAAGAAUCCCGUAAGUUGCUCACCGUGAACAACCGUCGUGGAUUCUUUCAAUGCAACCGAGUUCUCCCUGGAGUCAAAUCAGCACCAGAUGCAUUCCAACGUAUUAUCGUUAGCAUGACGGUCGGCAUCCCUGGCUGUCAAGCUCUACUCUGUGAUGUUCUCAAACGUGUGCGUGAGUAUGGUUUCCACUUACGCCUCGAAAAAUGCCGUUUUGCGCUCCCUCAGAUCGAGUUUCUGGGAUAUAUAGUGGAGAAAGACGGUAUUCGAGCUGGACAAUCUGCUCAUGAAAGAAGCUCGCUGGGGCUGACCAAGGACUACUAUAAGUCAUUUGGCCAAUUCAAGUUCAUUCUACUGUCCGAUCUGCUGCUCACUCACUACGACCCGUCAAAGGAGAUCAUCGUCGCAGCAGAUGCAUCAAUGUACGGUCUUGGCGUGUCAUGCUCGUUUCCCAACAGGUGA